AUGUUUGUUUUUGACACUGUCGCGAGAUCACGAAUGGCCGGGGCAAAAGUCGGGCAGAAGUGGGCAUGCCGGCAGCAGCCGCACAGAAAUGAUGAGAUCCAUUCGAUCGUCGAUGAUUUGUCGGUUCGACUUGGCGAGCUUGGAGACUCAUGGCUCGAGAAGAGCGAGAAUUUUCCCAAGUACUUCGAGUUCACUCCGAUUGAGCUGCAUGCGAUCACCGAAAGACUCCGCCUUCCCGAGCCAACUGCGCCUGAUGUGAAUAUGGUUGCCGAUAUCGGGAAUACUGUUGAUUUUUUGCAUCGAGUCAAAGCUCUGAAAAUUCGCGGUCAAAAGGGAUAUGUGGGAUCGUCGAAUAUUGUGUGGAACUCGCUCGAUUCGAGUUUACACUUUUGUAAAAAUCUCAGAGCUCUUUGGAUUACUGAUUCCGACGUAUGUCGAAUCGGUGGACUUCGCAAUGUGCGAAAAUCACUUCGCCGUCUCGUUGUUCAUUAUUCGAUGAAGAAGAUUUCGGACCUUCUUUUCGACGAAGAAGAUAUUGAAAAGAAUGUUCCGAUUACCGAAAUGGAGCCUUGGGGUCUUCUCGAAGAGAUUGAUAUCUCAUUCAAUGAAAUCAAAGAAUUCGACGAAAGUGUUCGACUUCUUCCGAAUGUACAAAUUCUGAAUGCUGGCUACAAUUCGAUCACCGACAUUGGUGUGAAUAUGCAGUAUUUGUCCGCACUGACGGAACUUGACCUCUCCAAUAAUAAUAUUGUGAAAUUGGAAGCUUGGAAUGAAAAAUUGGGAAAUGUGAAGCGCCUUGUGCUAAGUGCGAAUGCGAUUGAUGAUUUGACAGGAAUUUCAAAGUUGUAUUCGCUUGAGUAUUUGGAUGUGAAGAACAAUAAUAUUGAAAAACUUGAAGCUAUUAUGCCAAUUGGCAAGCUCCCUUGUUUGGAAAUUCUAUUGCUUAAAGAGAAUCCGAUUCGGCACAUUGUCGAAUAUCGAACGAAGGUGCUGGAAUUGUUCGGCGAACGAAGCGGAGAGCUGAAACUUGAUGGAAGACGUCCGGAAGCACGAGAACUUGAUACGGUCCGUGUUCGAAUGGCGUUGAGAAGAGCGAAAGAGGAGAAAGAAGAAAGAGAGAAGAAGAGGCGCGAGCGGAUCGAGGAACGAAUUAGGUACAUUUCUGGAGAGGAUCCUCAAAAUUGCGAUUUAUCAGGAUCGGUCUGA